AUGUUCCCGAUUUUAGCACUUUCUCUCUCUCCUUUGCUCUGCACUUUUCAUAUCUAUCUAUUUAUCUCAGGAUUUUCAUGCAUAUCUAUCUAUCUAUCUAUCUAUCUAUCUCAGGCUUUACAUAUCUAUCUGUCUAUCUAUCUCAGACUUUUUCAUAUCUAUCUAUCUAUCUAUCUAUCUAUCUAUCUAUCUAUCUAUCUAUCUAUCUAUCCAUCCUUGUAUUCCUAUCCAUAUCUAUCUAUCUAUCCUUUUUUUUUUUCUUUCUUUCCCAUUUUCCUUGUUCAAUUCUUUUUUCUUUUCCUUUUUCUUUUCUCUUUCCUUCUUCUUUUCUCUUUUCCUUCUUUUCUCUUUUCUUCUUCCUUUCCCUUGCUCUUUUCUUUUUUCUUCUUUUCUCUUUUCUUCCUCCUUUUCUCUUUCCUUUUUCUUUUCUCUUUUCCUCCAUCUUUUAUCUUUCCUGCUUCCUUUCUCUUUCCCCCUUACUUUCUCUUUUCCUCCUUUUUGUCUUUCCUUCUUCCUUUCUAUUUUCUUUUUUCCUUUCUCUUCUUUUUACUCUUUCCUUUUUCUUUUCCCCUUACUCUUUUCUCCAUCAUUUGUUGUCUUUGUUCUUUUAAUUACUUGGUUUUUAACUUCUCUCUUUCAUUUUCUAGUUUCAUUCUCCCUUCUUUUUCUUCUUUAACUUCAAAUAUCUUUUUUCUCUUUUUUUGCCUAUUUUUCUUUCUCUUUUUCUCUAGUUUUUCUCCAAAAGGAGAUUUUUUUUUCUUUCUCUUUUUUCUUUAUUUUUUCUUUCUCCUUUUCUUUUUUUCUCCUUUUUCUGUUUUUUCCUCUAUUCUUUUUUUUCUGUUUUUUUCUUUCUCUUUUUAUUUUUUUUCUUUCUCCUUUUUCUCUCUCCUCCUUCUCAAUUUUUAUUUCUACUUUUUGUCUAUUUUUUCUUUCUUUUUUCUUUAUCCUUUUUCUGUUUUUUUUCCUCUUAUUUUUUUCUUUGGUCUUCUCUCCUUUUUAUUUGCUUUUUUCUUUCUCCUUUUUAUUUGUUUUAUCUUUUUCCUUCUUACCUGUUUUUUCUCUUUUCUUUUUUCUCAUCUCUGCUUAAACUUCUUUUACUUUUCUUUCAGUCAGCCUCUAUUUCUUCACAUUGAAUAA